AUGAAGUUACUAUCCACCAGCACGUUCCUCGCCGCAUGUGGGCUCGCGUCAGCCGCAGUAGUUUCCUCCAGAGACGAGGGGGCGCAGUCCGCGUCCAAGUUCGUUAAGGUCAGCUUCGACAAGCUAAGGGGCGACACCGCGGAGGAUGCGACCGCUGGCGCGGUCGCGCACGGUGUUCUUGCUAAGCGUGCCGACGGCAGCGAGACCGUGGUGAUCAAAAACCAGCAGACGUUCUACUCAGUUGAAUUGGGCGUGGGUUCGCCCGCCCAGAACGUGACGCUGCUGAUUGAUACAGGCUCAUCGGACAUGUGGGUCAUGGGCUCCAACAACCCUUACUGCGAAGGCGGGUCGAGCGGUAACAGCAAGCACGUGCUCUUAGGCGAUCACGUGGACAGCCGCGACGAGGAAGUCAACCGCGACUGGUUCUCGACUCUGAGGUCGUUCCUGACCGCGACGGCCACGGCCACGGCUACGGCGACCGCGACAGCCACCGGGUCUGCGGACUCUGGUGGUAACGCUCCCUCAAGGACCAGCGUGAACUCCCAGUACGCUACCUUGACCUGCUCUUCUUACGGCACCUUUGCCACAGACUCUUCCUCAAGCUUCCAGUCAAACAACACAGCAUUCUACAUCGAGUACGGCGACUCGACAUAUGCGCUCGGUACAUGGGGCCGCGACAACGUUACGCUGCAGGACAUCACACUGUCUGGCAUUUCUAUGGCAGUCGCCAAUGAGAGUAACUCCACAUUCGGAGUCCUGGGAAUUGGUCUCGCUGCUUUGGAGGUCACUAACGUGGGGACUCUGGCAACUAGAGGCAAUUCUUAUACCUACGAGAACCUGCCUGCUAAGAUGGUUUCCGAAGGCAUCAUCCAUAAAAAUGCCUAUUCUCUCUUUUUAGAUUCUCUGGAUGCUAAAGAAGGCUCCGUCCUUUUCGGGGCAGUUGACCACAGCAAAUACACAGGCUCCUUGUACACGCUGCCAUUGAGCAACUCGUACAAAUCGAUGGGCUACUCCGACCCAAUCCAACUAGAAGUUACCCUUCAAGGAUUUGGUAUGACUGCCAAUAACACCAACUCCACUUUCACAACCACACCACUGACAGCGUUGUUGGAUUCGGGCACUACUUUAACAUAUCUCCCAACCACGCUAGUCAGGCAGGUUGCUGCUAAAUACGGCGCCCGCUACGACUCUUCCUACGGCUACUACUUGCUCAGUUGCUCCGACGUGAAAGACACAGACGAGCUCGUAUUCGACUUUGGCGGGUUCCAUAUAAAUAGCAAGGUUGAGAACUUCCUCAUCAGAGCUACCAGUAACAUUUGCGCCCUGGGUCUCAUUCCUCAGUCCAGCAGCAGUCUGAUAUUGGGAGACAACUUCCUGACCGCCGCGUAUGUCGUUUAUGAUCUCGACAACCUUGAGAUUUCUCUGGCCCAAGCUAAUUACGACGGCGGCUCUUCGAAUAUUGAAGUUAUCUCUAGCAGUGUGCCCAGUGCCGUGAAAGGCCCGAGCUAUUCGUCCACGUGGUCCACGAGUGUUCCUAUCUCCACUGGAGGAAACAUUUUCACUGUCAGUGGCAGCAAUUCAACUACCACAGCUGGAAACUCUGCCUCCGGCACCACUUCUUCUUCAAGAAGCAGCUCCACUUCAAGCGCUGGCAAAAAGAAUGCGGCUGUUGGUGCUGCUAGCCCGGGUGUCUCGGGUCUCUUAGGUGCUCUGGUGCUUUUCAUUGCCGCUGGUUUGGCAUAA